AUGAACUCAACUGUUGCUUCUGAAUACUCGUCCGAGGUUCACUCCACUCCAAUUGAACACAGAUUCAACCCAUACAGUGACAAUGGUGGUACAGUAUUGGGAAUUGCCGGUGAAGAUUUCGCCGUCUUGGCCGGUGAUACAAGACAGGUUGUCGGCUACUCCAUUAACUCGCGUUACGAACCAAAAAUCUUCAACGUGGGUGACGAUAUAGUCAUGACUGCCAACGGGUUUGCAGCAGAUGGGGCAGCAUUGAUAGAUAAAUUCAAGAACCAGUUAAAAUGGUACAAGUUCGAUCACAAUGGCAAAAAAUUGAGCAUUAAGCUGGCCGCCAGAUACAUUCAGCAUUUAUUGUAUGGGAAGAGAUUUUUCCCUUAUUACGUAAGUACCUUGAUUGCCGGGUUAGAUGAAGAAGGUAAGGGAGCUGUGUACUCCUACGAUCCAGUUGGAUCUUACGAAAAGGAACAGUGUAGAGCCGGUGGUGCAGCUGCCAGUUUAAUUAUGCCCUUUUUGGACAAUCAAGUGAAUUUUAAGAAUCAGUAUGUGCCAGGCACCGACGGAAAGGAAAAGAGACCAUUGAGAUACUUGUCUUUAGACGAGGUUUUACAAUUGGUGAAAGAUGCAUUUUCCUCGGCCACUGAAAGACAUAUUCAAGUUGGUGAUGGGUUGGAGAUCUUUAUAGUGACAAAGGAGGGUGUCAGAGUUGAGUACUACCCAUUAAAGAGGGAUUAG